ACGAAUUUUUGGUCAGGGCUUACACAUCUCCAUUUUCUCACCUUUUCCUUGCACCCAAACAUCUUCUAUUCCUCAAAGUCUCAAUCUCCCAUCUACUUAUAGAUUCCAAUUCCUGCAUCUUUGACUUCACUUGUUAAUUCUCCAAUUUUCUUGGGCAACCGCCAGCUGUGUUUGUUGAAAUUCCUCAGUGGAAAGUGGUUGCCCUUCCACCUUGCUUCAUUGAAUUACAAGGUUGGGCAUUGAAUUUGGGAAUAGUUUUGAUCUGGGUUUUGAUUGGAAGUGUGAGGGGAGGAUGGCGGGAGCUUUAUCUGUUGUGGGUUCAUCGAUUUUCGAUCCGAAAACUUGUCCAUGUUUGUGCCUGGAUGCACUGCCUUCAAGCAAUAUGAGUGUCAAGGCUGGAGCUGGGGACUUGGUUUGGCAGAGGAAUUCAGUGGGAAAAAAGCGGUUGUCGCGGCCGGGGACGGUGGAGAUGGGGAGUUCCUUUGUUGAUUCUUGGCAUGAGUGGAGGCUUGAAGCCAAAGUGCUUUCUAGUAUUGUUAAUAAGGGUUCAAGGAGGCAGCACAAGGCCAGGAGGCUGCUUGUUGUCAGUGAGGUGGCUGGACAGUAUGAAGAUAGUUUUGAGGAUGUUAAAACGCAAAUACUCAAUUACUUCACAUACAAAGCCGUGAGGACUGUUAUGCACCAGCUUUAUGAGAUGAAUCCAACACAAUACAGAUGGUUAUACGAUUUCGUUGCGGCAAACAAGCCUGGAGAGGGGAAGCGUUUCAUCCGCAUUCUUGUGAAGGAGAAGCAGGAGCUCGCUGAGAGAGUGAUGGUUACACGUCUUCAUUUGUAUGGAAAAUGGAUUAAGAAAUGCAACCAUGCUGAAAUAUACAAGGAGAUAUCGGAUGAAAACUUGGAGUUGAUGCGGGAACGACUCAUGGAAACAGUGAAAUGGCCGUCGGACGACACAAACACAGAGAAAAUUGGGUGAAAAUUUGGAAAUUGUCAUGGGCUUGAUUUUUAUUGUCUCGUCUUUUCAGCAGCCCUUGUUCUUAGUCUAGGUAUAGAAGCAGUCAGAAAGACUCUCAUUUAUAUUAUUUGCCACCCAACUAAUAAGAAAUGCCUCAUCGUAUUAUGGACAAUGUAUACAUGAAUAUAUACCAUCCCAUUGAAUAUUGCUGGAUCAGCUAACUUCAA